ACCACUGGUAUUCACUAAGUGACGUGUAAGGUGACCAUCAACUGACAAACGUCAAAAUACCAUCAAGCAAAUGUAAAUAAAAACAAAAUGAACCAACAAAGUGGUUCUCGACCUAUGAACUUCUAUAAACGUUUCCUCAAUACGAAAUCGAAUGAUCAAACACGUCCACAAAAUGGCUAACGUUCUACAAGAUUUUAAACCAGGUCCUUUAGAUUUUUAUAGAACAAAAGCUUCUUUCGAUUGGAAACAAUUAAAAGUGUUUUUAGAAACUGAAGAUAUUAUAUGUUAUCAAAAUGAAGUUUUCAAAGAGUUGCAGACACAAUCAGAAUAUCAAGCCCAAGACUCUCUAUUUUCAUCAAGUUUUGAUCAGCAAAGGAGGAUAGCAUGCAGGCAAACUUUCAUCUAUAAAUCAAUUGAGUUACUAUCCUUAGGUAAUUUGCUUCAAAAUUUAAAAAAACCUGCAGUAGCCACUCGAAUAAUGAUUCAAUAUGCCCCAUCAUCUACCAUAAAAUUUAGCGUCACAGAUUCACUUUUUAUCAGUGUUGUGAGGAGUAUGGGCACAGAGAGACAUCAUCAUUUUAUAGAAGAUUCUGACAAUGGAAAAAUCAUUGGUUGCUAUUGCCUUACAGAAAUAGGUCACGGUAGUAAUGCGAGAGGCAUGCGCACUACUGCCACUUAUAACUUAGAUAGUCACAGUUUCAUUUUAAACACCAAGGAUUUCGAAGCUGCAAAGUGCUGGGCCGGCGGUUUGGGUCAAAUGGCUACCCAUGCAAUUGUUUACGCAAACUUGAUUUUGGAUGGCACCAAUCAUGGUUUGCAUUCAUUUGUAGUACCAGUCAGAGAUCCCAAGACUUUGCUUCCCUAUCCGGGACUCAUUGUCGGCGACAUGGGCGAGAAAAUUGGUUUGAACGGGGUCGACAAUGGAUUCGUGAUAUUUAACAACUACAAGAUCCCUCAAGAAAAUCUACUUAACAAGUUGGGAGAUGUUACAAAGGAUGGUAAAUAUGUUACUCUUUUCAAAGAUCCAAAUAAAAGACACGGCGCCUCCCUUGGGGCGUUAUCCGCUGGUAGGGUUAAUAUCACUGCUAUUUGCGAAGCUUUGGGCGUGAAGGCGCUUACCAUAGCGAUAAGGUACUCUGCUGUCAGAAAGCAGUUUGGUCCGGAACAUGAAUCGGAGGUUCCAAUAUUGGAAUAUCAAACUCAUCAAUAUCGGCUUUUGCCUUACCUCGCUGCUGCAUACGCUUUGCGAAUUUUGACGACAAUGUUUGUUGAAGUAUUUUACCAAUUUUCAAUAGAUUCGCUGUUGGGCAAUAACGUUGACAAAUUACCAGAUUUAGGUGUCGAAAUACACGCGCUAUCGUCGGCAACAAAACCUAUUGCUGGGUGGAUUAUGAAGGACGCUAUACAAGAAAGUAGAGAGACUUGUGGAGGCCAUGGUUAUUUAAAAGCUGCAGGGAUUGGUGACAUAAGGAACGAUCACGACGCGAACUUGACAUAUGAAGGAGAAAAUCAUGUGCUAAUUCAGCAGACCAGCAAUUGGUUACUAAAAUUCUGGCCUGCUGUAAGAGCUAAAGAAAAAAUUUCUUCACCGCUGCAAUCGGUAGAUUUCCUUUCCAGUGGAUUGGACAUUUUGAACACAGCCAAAUUUGAAGCAACUAAUAUUGAUGAAAUGUGUAAUCCAAAAUAUAUCUUAUCGGUUUAUCAGUGGUUAGUUUGUUAUUUACUGAAAAGGACUUGGGAAAAGUUGAACACUGACAUAGAUAACGGCAAGAAUCUGUUUUGGGCUAAAAACGAUAGUCAGGUGUUUUAUGCCAAAGAUCUAUCAAUAUGUUUCGUUCAGCAUUACUUGCUUCAAGUUAUGUACAAUAAGAUAUUAGAGGCCAGAGAUGACAAUAUCAAAAAUGUUCUGUCAAAAUUGUUUGCCUUGUACGGUGUGUGGUCACUUCAGAAGCAUUUACCAACUUUGUAUCAAGGGGGAUAUGCCAAAGGAGAAAUGGCAACAACACUUGUCCAGAACUCGAUACUUAAAUUAUGCGGCGAUCUAAAAAAUGAUGCUGUGUCCCUAAUAGAUGUUAUCGCACCUCCAGAUUUUAUCUUAAACUCUGUGUUGGGGUCUUCCGAUGGAGAGGUAUACAAACAUUUGCAGUCUGCAAUAUUUAGAUCUCCAUAUGCAAUGAGCAGACCGGUGUGGUGGCAAGAUAUAACUAACUGGAAAGAAAACGUUCUAAAAAACAAAUUGUAGCACACUAUUCCUUCUCUGCUCCAGAAAUUUGAAAAUAGACAAUUGAUAAUGAUACCCUGAUUGAAACAUUUUGUGAAAUUAUUAAAGUUGAAUUUGUAUCGUUAAUUUUUAUAUAA